AACGCCACAUGUCACUGGAUGUUUUGGUCAAUGUUUCCUUCGGUAAAAUGUCAUCUAACUCCAAACUUCUGGAGGACAGAGUGUACGCAACGUUGAAAAAUGUCUUCGGGCAUGGUGAAUUCAAAAGUCAGCUGCAAAGACAGGCGGUCCUUAGCAUUGCAGAAGGGACAAAGGAUGCCUUUGUCUCCAUGCCAACAGGAGCUGGAAAAUCCCUCUGUUACCAGCUUCCUGCAGUCCUCGCUGAUGGAGUGUCACUGAUCGUCUCCCCUUUGAUAGCUCUCAUGCAGGAUCAGCUGGACCAUCUACAGUCAAUAAAAGUCGUGGCCAACACACUCAAUUCCAAAAUGACUACAAAAGAACGCAGCAGAGUUCUAGCAGAUCUACACUCCACAAAACCGAAGAUAAAACUGCUCUACAUCACACCAGAACAGGCUGCAACGGAUCACUUCAAAUCACUUGUCGAAUCUCUUGCCAACCGGAAUCUGAUUGGCUACCUUGUUGUUGAUGAAGCUCACUGUGUUUCCCAGUGGGGCCAUGACUUUCGCCCGGAUUACCUCAAACUUGGAUCUCUUCGCUACAAGAUGCCUUCCGUGCCUUGUCUUGCGUUGACAGCCACGGCUACAGGUCAGGUUGUCGAGGACAUCAUGAAGCAGUUGAAGAUGAAGAAAAAUGUGAUAAAGUUUAAGUCGAGUAGUUUUAGAGAGAAUCUGUUUUAUGAGAUCUGUCUGAAAGAGGUUCUGCCAGACGCUCAUGAAGAUCUUGCUGUUUUCGUGCGGAAAAAUCUGGGAUAUGAUCCAGACACUGAAGAGAAAGUAGAAGACUGGACUGACUUUGGAUGUGGGAUCGUCUACAGUCGGACACGGAAUGGAUGUGAAGAGAUUGCCUACCAGCUGUCUCGCAAGGGUAUCCCAGCCAAGGCGUACCAUGCAGGCCUGAAGCAGUCUGAGAGGGAGGGAGUGCAGACAGACUGGAUGGAGGGGCGGGUGCCUGUCAUUGUCGCCACCAUCAGCUUUGGUAUGGGUGUUGAUAAGAGAAAUGUCAGGUUUGUAGCUCACUGGACAUUGCCAACCUCCAUGGCUGGCUACUAUCAGGAAUCGGGCCGUGCAGGGAGAGACGGCAAGCCAUCUGUGUGUCGGCUGUACUAUUCACGAGAAGAGAGGGAUCGAGUUGCCUUUCUUAUUCGGACAGACACAAAUAGACCAUCCAAGAAGAAGAAGGAAACAGCUGUAGUCCGAGCCAAGUCUGCCAAUGCCGGUUUUGAUGCGCUGGUCAAGUUUGCUGAGGAGUUGAAAUGUCGACAUGCAAGUAUUGCAGCCUACUUCGAAGAUGAGAAACCCAAAUGUGACGAGGGCUGUGAUGUGUGCAGUAACCCCAAGCUGGUGGAACUUACCAUGCUCAAUCUACAGCGUGGGACCUAUGCCAGUGUCAACAAGGUCGUCGGGAAAGGUGGCAUCUUCUUCAUGGAUGAAGACGCCAGCAAUAUGUACGGAGGCGGCAGAAAAGGAGUUAAAAAAGAGUCGGAUGAUUAUGCCCGUGGCUUUAGUGAUGAAGAAGGUCCGGACAAAGAGGCGCAGGAACUGAAAGAGAAGUCGCAGCGGACACGGAUGAUCAUGAAAGAGUUCAAGAAGAGGCGAGGGGAUGGUGAGCCAAGCAGUCGCCCAGAGAAUGACUUCAAACCCCCAACACUUGACUGUCCACUCAGAGAUGCGUCCAGUCAAAAGAUUCCUAAACUCACAGUCAAGAUUCGGGAACAUUGCUUCCAGAUGUUGGAGACUGCCCUGUAUGAAAACUAUAUUAAUCAUUAUGAGAAUGAAUCAGAUCGGAUAAGUGCAAGAGACUACGUGCCAAGAUGUUGUGCCCUUGACCUUGAAUACCAAACAUUCCAAUCCAAUAAAAUUGCAAAUGUGUACAAAGCUGGUGUUAUGAGAGUUGUGUCCGAAAUAAGGAAAUGUACAAAAGACAAAAAAGUGCACACGUCACUGGAAUCUAACACUAAGUCCAGCGCCAGUGGCAGGCCAGGAUCUCCAGCCAAUAGCCCAGGGGCUGACACCACAAACCCAUCACUCCCCUUGGGAACAAAGGUGCAUAAGAACACCGACACUGGCGCUUCAAGGCUAAGUGCUUCAUCUGCAUUCGUAACAGCAUCUUCUUUACUUGCGUCACGUGAACGUAAUUCUGAUUCUGUGCCUUCGUCAACAUGUAGCCUUCCAUCGGAGCAUCUUGUUGGAGAAAAUGUGGUAGACAGUACACAGGAUCCUGAGCCGCAGAAAAACAGUCGGAAAAAUUCCAAUUACAAAAAAAUAUUUUCAAAUCAGGACAGUUCAUCGUCAGAAUCUGAUGAAAGUGAAGCAAAGUUUGACAUUGUGUGCUCCACGACAGCAAUGAGGGACAAGGUGGUGCCGAAAAUUACAUACUUUUUUGAAAGUCAGUCUUUUAAGGGUAAAGAGGAAGAAAGUGUCAGCAGUGUUAGUGACAGUUGGACAGUGUCAAGUGUUAGUGUCCUUGACACUGUGGGAAGUGUGAAAAAAUCCGACAUCAGCAACAAGAAACGUCAUAAAGAGGACAAGCCGGACAAGUCUGAGAAAUGCAGCCCACCAGCCAAGAAAGCCAAACCCAGCCAUGACGAAGCCAGUCCCAACUCCCCAACUGAGAUGAAGGCCUAUCCGAUGAAGGAAGGCGAUCAGACAAACCAGCCUCUACGCAUACAGAAGAGUUCCACAGAGUUGAAAGGAGUUGCAGACCUUGUCGUCAAGUACCUCACUCCCCAUUACAAAGAUGGCAGGUUUGCUACAAAGGAGCUGUUCAAGACAGUGGCCCGGUGCAUUUCUCAUAAAGUAGUGGAGACAACAAAAGGACUGCCUACAACUGGCAAAGAGGAAACAAAGCGUCUUGUCCGGGAGUUCAUGGAAGAACAUCGAAAGGUGACCUCCAUGAAGGACCUCACGGGCUGGCUGUGACUGGAGGCGCUGUUGGUCAGCCUCUUCUUUAUGCACAUUGUUAAUAGCAUUUCUAUAACUGCAUUUACAAAUAUGUAAGAUCUAUUACAUGUUUUGUUAUCUUGCUGUUGUCUGUUUAUGAAGUGGAGCUGACUUUGUUAUCUGUUGACCUGAAGGUCUUCGUGUUCACUUUGGCAUGUCUAUGUGCUAAUGUCAGCAAAUAUUCCAAGCUUUAUUGCCAGCUGAAUCAGUAGUCAUUGGGGUUAUUGUGUGAGGAAUUUAAAGCAUAAUCAUAAUGAUAAUGUCUAAAUCCUUUUAGUUUUUGAGGAAACUCUUACACUGCAUAUCUGGUUUUUUUGCCAAACUAAUGCACUGAUCCAUAGAACUGCACCUCCACUACCAAAAAGUCAUCUGUUUAAAGUGGAUGAUGUGUUUGUUCCUUGGUUUUGCCGUCAAAGACAAAAGAACCAUUACAUUGAUGGAUUUAGUUCAAGGCAUCAUCAUUUGAUUAUCAUGGACUUUGACAGUGGAGUCAUCCUCUUCAAAUGUACAUACCCCGGGGUUUGUGUAUUAUAUCAACACUAUUGUUCUUGAGCAAUAAAAAUAUAGGUACUAUUCUAUUUGAAAAUCAGGUCACAUCAUCAUGGUUAAUGGCUGGCUCCAAAUAGGUCCUCACAACUCUAUUGCUUGUCAAUAGAGGCCCUGAAUAGGAUUUUGGCUUAGAAGUGGUCUCCAGCAACCUGCACUGGUCGUUGGAGGCAACCAAAGUGCUUGUGAGGUCUGGUUAAAUAACUUGGUUGAUAGCCUGUUUUUGUACCCCAAUGACUGCUCAUGAUAUCAAUCUCUAGACUGUGUGGUCCAGACUUGGUAACUUACAGGUCACUGUCAUAAAGCUGGAAUAUUUCUGAAUGCAGCAGCAAACAACCAACAAACAAGACCAUGUGAUGACUAUGUGGGCAGGCAGUCAGUCAGGCUUGAUGACAUGGUUGAUUGUGUGUCAUUGUACUCAAGGUAGUGGAAGGUGCUCUUAAUGUCAGUCACAGGUUUAUCUGGUCCGGACUUGAUUAUUUACAUACCACUUUCAUGUAGCUGGAAUUUUGCUGAUUUAACAGUAAAACAACUAAACAAAUAUAUUAUUUCAGGGUGGAAAAUAUUGACCACAAAUAAAGGCAUUUUGGAAGCUAAUUCUUCCACUUCAAUUAUUUAAAAACUUGAAUUUAUUAAUCCAAGUUAUUUUGUGUAAACCACAUCACAUAUAUGGUUAAGACUCUUUUCUUUAUGAUAGAUUUGAGUUUAGUCAGAAACAGUGCUGAUGGUAUAUUAUCAUAUUUAAGCUGUUUAAUUGUACAUGUAUAACUGAAUUUCUUGGUACAAAUAAUUUGAUUGAGUCAUAAUGUGUAUGUAUUUAUGUUACUGCUGUUUUUUAUUUGCUUAAACACAUUGAAGGUAGAGCUAUAACAGUUAUUGUUAUGCAUUUUGUUAUAUGUUUCAUGGGACACCUUGCAUUUGAUGAACAAAUACUCAACACAUACUAUUGGUACUGCGGUACAACAACAGGCUGUGCAGGAGGAUGUCCUUGAUCUGCAAGCAAUUACACAUUCAUCCCAAUGACAGCCCUUAGCAUCCGGAGGCACGGACGGCCUAUUAGACUAAAGCCCCGCAAUUUGACAGCAGUCUGUAAAUAAUCAGGCUGUCACGGGUGGCCAAGUCGUCGAAGGUGCUGCAAUUCGCUGUGCAGAGUUGCACCCCUUAGACAUGCCAGAAACCUAUCAUUGUGGUUUCGAAUCCUGGUUGGCCCUGAUUGUGUUUCUAGGUCUGUCAGCAUCAUACCCAUUCUCAUGGUUUUAAGAAAGUGGUAAUCGUCUCAGACCUGCAUCACUUUGGGCUUUCCUCCCACAUUAAACCGACACAGUGAUAUAACUGGAAUACUGUUCAAAGUGACGGUAAACCCAUCUCAUUCUCACUCCCUGGUAUCUCAUCACAGAAUCGGUGCUUCUGGGAUUGACAAGAUGGGUAAAUGUGUAUGACUUCAUUUUGUUCUUUCUUUAUAAAUAUUUAAUUGACAUGUGCUAUUGAUAAUGAAAACUCAUCCAAUACUGAAGAUGUAUUGAUAUAUGCUGUGUUAUCCAGGAAGGAGACUGUGUUAUCGAUUUAAUCUUCAAGGCAUGCCAUCAUAAAAAUAUAUUCCAGUUCAUGACUCCUGAACCUUACAACUGUUAUUAUCCCCCGCCCAACGAAGUUGGCGAGGGAUAUAGAAACGGGCUCCCUCCGUCCGUCUGUCACGUUUUGUUUCCGGAGCAUAACUCAUAAACUGUUCAAUAUUUUUUCAUCAAACU